AUGUCCGCCCCCCAUCUCCCGUCCCCGGCACCAUCUCCGUUCACGACCAAUGGCUCAGCGCCUGAGGACCCGGCACGCGCCCGCGCCGAGCUCGAGGCGCAGCUCCUGAAGCUCAGCCAGGACCUGUACGAGAUGGAGGUCUGCGCCGGAGACGUCACGCCCGGUAGGGAGGACAUGGUCCCUCAGUAUCUCGAAGAUCUAACAUCCAGUGCCAAGAUCAACGCAAGCUUCAUCGCUCUCGCAAACAUGGCUCCUCAGAUCACUGACACGGUCCCGCGCACCAUUGUCGACCAUGUGGACAGGUACAAGAACCCCCACCAGUACACCAAGACUGCGCUCAGCCGCGCGACCGGCGAGAACCAGUACGCCCUGGGACGCGUGUUGGGGUUGGAGUCCUUCCGCCGGCAACUGCACGAUUCGGUCGAGGAGGCCUUCCCCGGCGUUCCUCUGCCCGAACGGCGACACCACCCCAUCAAGCCCGAGCCCGAGCCGGAGACCCAGCCCAACGGCGUGGCAGAGGUCACCGCCACAGGCGUGAACAAUGCGGCGGCAAACGGCACCGUGGGUGCGAACGGAAGCGGUACCAACGGGAACACUGGCAGCAUCGGCAGCACAAGCUACGGCAACACAGGCUACGGCCACGAGCAAGGCGGAAACGGCUAUGGCGGUGGAUCGGCCGCGGGGGUGAGUGCGGCGAUGGAACAAACGGAAACGGAGGACACCGAGGAGACGAUGGAGGUGGUGAGGAUUGUGGAAGAAGAGGUGGAACGGGUGGAACGGGUGGAACGGGCCGAGCCGGGGGCUGGCCUUGGGACCGACCCUGCCUCUGAGUUGGGAAGAAGGGACGGAGAUGGGGAUCACAAGGGAGACAAGGGUACUGUGGAGGAAGACGUUGUGAUCAAGUCUGACGGGCUGUAG